GCUAGCUCUGCCCGGACGUGUCUGUGCGUCCACUGGCUGACUGUCACGGUGACAGAUACGGCGCAGUUACGCGAACGUUGAGACACACGCAGCAACGAUAGGCGCACACUGCUAGCAGCUACGAUAGCCACCUGUGUGUGGCGUAAUCCGUCACCAUAACGAUGUAACGUGUGUAGCUUUCGCAGCGGUGUGUGGUCGCAGGCUAACGCUAACCGCUUGACACAUGUAGGUUAGGUGUCAUGUAACUUCUUGGCUGUCAGAUGUUGCUGUAAGACAAGUACAGAGGUCGGGGUGGACAAUAAAACGCAGGUUUGAUUUAAUUUACAGGCCUGUGCCAACGCUGUUGGAGUUUAACGAGUGCGUUAGUGAUUCGAUGUGUCAAAGUAGUGACUUCAUUGACAACUUGAGCCAUUAUUGGAUGUCCUUAGCUGUCGGCACCAAAUCGGGGUAUAAGUUCUUCUCCCUGUCCUCUGUGGACAAGUUGGAGCAGAUUUAUGAAUGUACAGAUACAGAGGACGUGUGUAUCGUGGAGCGUCUGUUCUCCAGCAGCCUCGUGGCCAUCGUCAGCCUGAAGGCUCCCAGGAAGCUGAAGGUCUGUCACUUCAAGAAGGGAACCGAGAUCUGCAACUACUCCUACUCCAACACCAUACUGGCUGUUAAACUCAACAGACAGAGGCUGAUAGUGUGUCUGGAAGAGUCGCUGUAUAUCCACAACAUCAGAGACAUGAAAGUGUUGCACACGAUCAGAGAGACUCCCCCCAACCCCUCAGGACUGUGCGCCCUUUCCAUCAGCAAUGAUAACUGUUACCUGGCCUACCCUGGCAGUGCCACGAUAGGAGAAGUUCAAGUGUUUGACACGGUCAACCUGCGUGCGGCCAACAUGAUUCCAGCCCACGACAGUCCUUUAGCAGCUCUGGCCUUUGACGCCAGUGGGACCAAACUGGCCACGGCCUCAGAGAAGGGCACAGUCAUCCGUGUCUUCUCCAUACCAGAGGGACAGAAGCUCUUUGAGUUCCGACGAGGGGUGAAGAGGUGUGUGAACAUUUGUUCGUUGGCGUUCAGUAUGGAAGGUCUGUACCUGUCGGCCUCCAGCAACACAGAGACGGUCCACAUCUUCAAAUUAGAAACUCAGAAGGAGAAGUAUGUGCCCGCAGAGGAACCCACCACCUGGGGAGGGUACCUGGGUAAGGUCUUGAUGGCGUCCACCACGUACCUGCCCUCACAGGUCACAGAGAUGUUCACUCAGGGCCGAGCCUUCGCCACCGUCCGUCUGCCCUUCUGUGGACACAAGAACAUCUGCGCGCUGGCUGUGAUCCAGAAGAUUCCCCGCUUGUUGGUUGCAGCAGCCGACGGUUACCUGUAUCUGUACAACCUGGAUCCACAGGAGGGAGGGGAGUGUACACUCAUGAAGCAGCACAGGUUAGACGGCGAUAACGAAGCACCCAAUGAGAUCCUCGAGCAAGGCUCCCACGAACGCCCCCUUGUGGCGCAAACCUACAGUGCUGCUGUCACUAAAGGUUACUGUGAGGAGCAGGGAGCUGUGGGAGGAGCGGGACUCGAAGACGACCUCAACGACCUGCGCUUGGAUGAAGAGAACGAGCAACCGCCGCUCAUCCUGGAAACUGACUGACUUCACCCAACCGCGGCCGCACCCACCAAUCAGAGGACUCCUCUGGUGCUGCUAUGAACACGUAACAGAAGGGGGAGGGAGAUGAGGGUGUGAUUAAAGGGAGGGAGGGGCUGUUUUUAAAAUGCUCAAAGCGUCGUCCGUCCGUCCGUCCGUCCGUCUGUGCUUUCACCUGUUUAUACCCAUGUCUGUGUUUCUCUCUCUUUUUUUUUUUUUGCUCCUUUUGCUUCCUCGUUCACUCCAGUUCGCCCUCUGUUGGCCGAUCUGGAGCUCUGCAUGUAUAUGUGCCAACUGCUAAAACAUGCUCCAAUGUGAAUGAGUGUCUGAGUGUUGGACAUUUGAUUUAAAAAAAAAAGAAAAGAAACAAUAACCAUGUAGCCACGUCUCUACUGAAAACACGCACUCAGAUGCUAGCACUGUGUUAAAGUGGUUGUGUAAGUGCCUCUCUGCCCCCCCCCGCCCCCUCCCAUCAUGGUUUCUUCCGUCUGAGAGGGGGAAACCCUUUCGCUUUUGCUUAAUAAAAUCUCAUUUGUUUUUUCGGAUCUUAAUCUGAGGGUGUGUGCGAUCUUUUCUCACUUCCAACUCUUUCGGACGUUAAAGUUGCACGGCGAAGAAAAAGAAAAGUUUGUCGUCGGUCGAGCCAUCGAUUUGACUCGGAGGCUAAUGGUCGUCUGCAGAUGUUCGUAAAAAUGUUUGUGACCUCGUGCUGAGAUCACUGGUUUGCUGGGCAUGUAUAUUAGCAACACAACCUCCACCUGGACUCACCCACCGACCCCCCCCUCCUCACCCUCUCACCCACCUGUACCUCAUCUGUACAGAGGCUCGAUGGACACCUCCUCCCCCCGUCGGGGCCUACAGUCAGGCCCAUUUUCAAACUGUGGUGUUUUAAACUGUCUUAAAUAAUUAUAACCAAUGAUGUGUCAUGUGUAUGGAAACAUGCAUGGUGGUGUUUGUGUGCUACUGUGUCUGUAGGUUCAUACCUGAGAUAAAGGGUGACGAGGAGGCGACGUCACGCAGCGGGUCAGGUGACCCUGUCUAUACUCUGUAGAUAAAAUAGUUGUGGAAAGCUGUUGUGUCGCCACGUCGACCGGUUCUGACUCCAGUCUCGGGGAUGAAGGGUGUGAGGCCACGAAGAGGGCUGUGGGUUAGAGAUCAGCCAAUAGCAGCGCAGCCUGAAGUUGGUCAGAAACGUUGCACGGUUUCCUUCCUGUCAGUGUUUUUGGUUUGUUCGGAGACUGCGUGACCAGGAACAGCCGUGAGAAUUCAGUGUGCCGGGCAUUUUCUAAUGAUUUUGUACAACAUGUAUAAUGUUGCUCUGACGCUCCAUUGACAAUAAAUUCCAUGUUGAUGAA